AUGUCUCUGUACCUUCACUAUCCUUCCUUCAGUCUGCCAAGUGAGGUCUGCACAACCAUUUCUGAUGCUGACUGUAUCACACCGGUGGAGACCAUCUGUAAUGCAGCCACACCCUCUCCAGACUGUCAGAUGAUCGUUCGUCAGGUCUUCAAUGACACCGGAGUAUUUUGCAUCAAUGUCUCGUUGACCAAUGAUGUCAGUCUAGCUGUGGCAAGUGCCAGAGUCAGUGUAGCAGCAGCCUCUGGUGGUUCCUCAGCUGGAACUGCAGCCACAGUCGUGGGCGUUAUGGUUCUCGCCUGUGUUGUCUGUUGCAUUGGUUUGAUGCACAGACGGUCCAAGCAGUACCAGCCACUAAGAGAAGACAACUUUGGAGGCAGCUCGGCGGUAACAUCAAUGCCUUUGUUGUUGUGGAACUUGUUGAGCCGAGAGUCACCAGGAGAGAGUCGUCCACUGCUUCAGGGGAGGACUGUGUGAAUAUCAUCAUAUUUUGCCAGUAUUUCUUUUUAAUUGGCACCAAUAGUUUAUAGACGCCAUACCUUACUAUGUUAUGUGUGGCCUACUUAUACUUACCCAUUGCAAAAUCAAUGUUAACACAUUUCAGUUAAAUUUCUUAAUAAUGUAUUUUACA